AUGCUAGACUUCAAGGAACGCCAGCUUGUCACGGACCCUCAGAAAGCAUUCCAUUUCACCGACCUCCAAAGACUGAAGCCGACACGUGCCAAUGAUCCAUAUAACUAUCAAGCAGGAUGGGGAAACCGACACCAGUCAGAAGUGAUUCCGGGAACACUUCCUGUUGCCCAGAACAACCCUCAGGAAGUCCGCUUCGGUCUAUACACAGAGGGCAUCACAUACUCAGCAUUCGCUGCUCCACGUGCACACAACUAUAGUACAUACAUGUAUCGCUGCCGGCCUGCGGCUGCUCACAAUGGUUAUGUCCCUUUUGAAUCAAAAUCCAACAUCCAGAACUGCUUCUUGUCUCUUAACCCCAAGGUUGCAACGCUACCAGAGCAAGCAGAAUGGAGACCUUUUCCUUUGCCCAAGGAGGAAGAGAAGAUUGACUUUGCGAAUGGUUUACAUACCCUUGCUGGUAGUGGUGACCCAAAUAUUCGCGAGGGUCUGGCCCUAUAUGUCUACAUGAUCAACUCGAGCAUGGAGCGACGCGCAUUCUGCAAUGCCGAUGGAGACUUCCUCAUUUGCGCACAGCUCGGUACUCUGGACAUUGUGACAGAGAUGGGCAAGAUCUUUUUGCAACCCGGCGAGAUCUGUGUGAUUCAGCGCGGCAUUAGAUUCUGCAUGAACCUCGCACCAGAUACCAAAGUUGCCCGAGGCUACAUCACUGAAGUCUGGGGAUCUAUGUGGGAGCUUCCUGAUCUAGGUCCUCUCGGAGGCCAUGGUCUUGCAAACCCGCGCGACUUCUUGUAUCCGGUCGCUGCUAUAGACGACAACCUGCACGUCGACUGGCAGAUUGUCAAUAAGAUCAAUGGCGAAUUGGUCGCGAUACAGCAAGAUCACAGUCCAUUCGACCUCGUUGCAUGGCACGGAAAUGUGGUGCCCUACAAAUACGACCUUACCAAGUUCUCUUCCCAGAACAGCACAUCGAUCGACCACACUGAUCCUUCCAUCUUCACAGUUUUGACUGCCAAGUCUCGUGACCCAUUGACACCACUGGCCGAUUUCCUCUGGUUUGGGCCUCGUUGGGAUGUCGCAACCAACACUUUCCGAUUGCCAUACUUCCACCGCAACUCCGCAUCCGAGUUCCUAGCCUGUUUGUAUGGACAGGGUCUUGGGCGCAGUGACGAUUUCCAGCCCGGUGGAGGAAGCUUCGAGGGCGGCCACACACCUCACGGUGGUUUCCACGAGGGCUACCAGCACGGCAUGCGGAUACACGAGAGCCAGCCUGAGAAAAUUCUGACCGAGCAACUCACCAUCAUGAUUGAAUCGAGUCGACUUUUCCUCUGGACCGAGUGGGCUCGCAAAGGGUGCGGCGUCAUUGAUGAGCACGGAACAAACUACAAAGUGUGGGAAGCUCUCCCGGACCGAUUCUCCGCAAAUAAGAGGGCACAAGAGCUUCUUGCUCGCACCAAGGAAGAUGCCAUUGCAGAGAAGCGACGACUUGCGCCCUACUACUUUGGCGGCUUUUCACAUGGCGCCAAUACGAGUGACACGUCUGGUGUUCACAGUGAGGAAUUGGAACCCUACUUGCGCCACGAUUCCAAGGUCAAUGGUGCCAACGGUAUGAAGGGCGCAGCUGCUUAG